AUGGCUGUCUAUGACCCAAAUACGGCGAAAGUGGCCAUUGCCACCGGUGCCGCAAAGACGAGCAUCGGUGCCCUGGCGGUACGCAAUUUGGUGAAAAGGGGCUGGCACGUCGCCAUCCUCGACAUCCUCGAAGAACAGGGCGAGAAACUAUCGGCAGAACUCGCGCCUUCCACCAUAUUCAUCAAGUGCAAUGUUUCGAGCUACCAACAGCAGGCGGAAGCCUUCCAGAAAGUGAAGCAGCUCCGGGGAAGGCUGGAUGCGUUUAUUCCGAAUGCCGGUAUCGUGGAGAGAUCGUCCUAUUAUAUUUUCCGACAUCGAGGCAGCACUGAGGUGGCACCGGAGCCAAACACCCUCGGAAUUGAUGUGACGUUCAAGGCGGUAAUGUAUGGGGUACAGCUGGCCAUACACUUCAUGAGGCAGAAUGCCACCCCCGGAGGCCAAAUCGUCACAGUGGCCAGUGUAGCAGGGCUAUAUGGUACGAGCAUAUACCCGGAGUAUAGUGGCACCAAGGCCGCAGUCAUUGGCUUUUCUCUCGCCGUUGCCCCGAUCCUGCAGAAAAAAGAGAAUAUUCAGCUCAACACUGUCGCCCCCGGGAUUGUGAGGGCAGAGGUUGUCCCUCAAGCUUUGAUCGACGCAAAUGGAUACGAAAAGUACGUAUAUCAUCACUUGGACUCCCUGUGA